AUGAAGACUGUCUCAUUGUGCCUGCUGUGGUCGGGGCUGGUGACUGGGCUGGCGACGCCGCCAUCUUCCCCACCAUCAUGCCGCUUUGCACUAGACUGGACUCAAGACGAUGUUGUGAAGAAUUCAGAUCAAUUUGAAUGGGAUCUCCUGUACUGGGAGGGACAAUUCCAUCAAAACGAUGUUUCCUAUAAUUCCGAAAAUGGCAUGUCGUACGAUGGCACGCAGCUGGACUGGGUGACUGGAGAACGCACCAAGAAACACCCGUUCAGCGCUGCAAGCAAGGAGGCCCUCCAGAUCAUGGUUUACGCUCAUGCCAUUGCCGGGUCUUCCAAGGCGGCCCGGUUCCUUUCACCCGACGAGCCCAAAAAAGCGCCCAAGCUUGCCGCCUCAAUAAUGGAGACAAAGCUGAAGACGUACCUGCAAUUCAACGCCACAUAUCCCGGAUUUGGUGGCUUCAUUCCAUGGAUGACCACGAGUUCACAAAAUAUUGAACCGACAUGGGAUUGGGUCAACAGAGUCCCGGGCCUAGAUAAUGGCGAAUUGCUUUGGGCCGUGUAUGGUUGCAUCAGCGCCCUCGAAAAAAGCUGCAGGGCGUCUGACCGUCGCCUUGCCUCUGAAUGGCAAAAGUGGUUCGACUACGCCAAAACCACAGUUGACAAGGUGUUUUACCAGGGCGACGGCCAUGUCUGUGCCGUGACCAAGAUUGGUGACCAGAAGCUACCUGUCGAUGACCCGAAGCAGGCGUACGCCUGUGAGAGCCCUGCCUACCUGGAUGAUCCAUAUGAGGGAGAGCUCUUUACAUAUUUUAUCGAGUUUUUCAGCGGAUUGUCCAAGGCAGAGAAAGAAAAGCUCUGGGUUGCCAAACGUGCGAAAUUGGUCAGCGUUGAAUAUGAUGUGGGCGGUAUAGGGCCCAUCACCGUUGAGCAAGGAUAUUGGUUUUCGGCACAUGAGCCGUGGAAGGUGUUGGAGCUUCCAUACUACGAUGUAGACAUUAUCCGGCGCCUGCACCAUAACGCUGAGCGAGUGCGAACUUGUAAUUCUAUAGUCACCAAAGUUCCAGGUCUCUUUGCGUCAGUCAACAACUCGACUGAUCCGAGCAACGAUGAAAUUAUUGGAUACAUUUCGCCCGCUGGAAUCGUCUCGGUUGCUAGCCAGAAAGAGCAAGAGCACGAUGUCAUUACACCAUACGGGGCCUGGCCCACGAUCAUGUUUGAUAAGUCGGUCGGCCUUGCUUGGUGGUGGAAUAUGCUCCAGGGGAAGAAGAUGCAAAACCCAUAUGGUAGUACAGAGUCAACGAGGGUUGAUGGCAAGCUCGUGUCUGCACUGGUGACCUGGGAUAGCAAAAUCACCACUGUCGUGAGUCUUCUAGGCGGAGUUGGGGAUUUGGUCCGCCGAAAAAUGAAGGUCGACGGAAUUUACGAUGAUUUUGUCUCAAUUGCAAACCACGAGUAUUCGCGAGUCUUCCAUGACUUAAAGGGCGAGCACAUUGAAAUGUGCUUGCCGAAGCAGAGUGUGCCGGUCGCUGGCUUGGAGGACUUUUCGUCGUGUAAGCAGUAG